CCCCGGUAUGGUCGGCUGGUAUGGCUGGCCCGUCUCCUGUGUCACUCUGGCCGGCUGUGAGGAGGUGUACACAGGGUGUAGCUACUCGACAUUAACAACAAGACUCCGCUGGGCUUUGGCAUUGGUUCGGAGCGGCUUGAGGACGGACGGAGGUCGAAAACGCGUCUGAUCAAACCUCCGUCGGGACGGGCGACGUUGACUUCAGUUGAACCGAGGGGUGGCGGGGGGCCAUGCUGUCUGGAUCCUGCUGCUGAGAUAGCAUGGCGUCGGAGCGCAGCCGCAGAGAUGGAGAGCUGUCCAGGGGCGCCAUCCCCCUGGACAUCGACGACGUGCAGCUCCUCCUGCAGGUGGAGCAGGUACAGAUCCAGAAGAGGACCUUCACCAACUGGGUCAACGCCCAGCUGGCCAAGAGGAAGCCUCCCUGCGCGGUCGGAGAGUUGUUCUCAGACUUCUGUGACGGCUCCCGUCUGUUGGACCUGCUGGAGGUGAUGAGUGGCCAGAGGAUGAGCCGUGAGCGAGGCAGAGGAAUCUUUCAACACCGCAGCAACAUAGAGACGGCCCUCAACUUCCUGAAGAGCAAGUCUAUCAAACUUGUCAACAUAAACAUUCCUGACAUCAUCGAUGGUAAACCCUCCAUCAUCCUGGGUCUCAUCUGGACCAUCAUCCUGCAGUACCAUAUCGAGGAGCUGGCCAGCAGCCUGUCCUUCAGCUCCCGCCAGGCCUCCAUGGAGUCGCUAGCCAGCCUGGACACGCGCUCCAGCCUCUCCAGCUUCUCCAGUGUGGACUCUCUCUCCGGGGCCUCUCCCCGGAGCAGCCCCCUUCCCGGUCGGAGGGCCUCGCCCCUCCACAACCGCUUCAAGGUCUCCGCCAAGAAGGCCCUACUGCUCUGGGUGCGGGAGCAGUGCCACAAGGCUGGCUACACCCUGACCGUCAAAGACUUUAAGGCCAGCUGGAGGAGCGGGGUGGUGUUCCUGGCCAUCCUUUACUCCCUGAGGCCCGACCUGGUGGACCUCUCCAAGGCCAGGAACCGGAGCAACCUGCAGAACCUGGAGGAGGCGUUCGGCCUCGCAGAGAGAGAGCUCCGCAUCCCCAGACUGCUUGAGCCCUGCGAUGUGGACGUUCGCGACCCAGAGGAGAAGUCUAUCAUGACCUACGUGUCUCAGUUCCUCCAGUACUCCCGCGAUCUGCCCAUACCAGAGGAGGGCGUGCAGUAUCUGAUGCCUCCAAAGACUCAUUCUCCUAUUAACCUUCCCGUUCACUACACUCCUGCUGUUUCUGACUCACCUCUGCGACAGGCCACGCCCAAUCAGAAGGCACAGGAAGUGACAUGCUGGCUGCUGCAGGCCUAUGAGGAGCUGCUGGAGGGAUGGGACUCCACGGAGGGAGAGAGCUACGCUGAAAGAUACCAUGUGUUCCAGACCUUCUUGGUCUCCUUCAACGAGCAGCGGCGGCCCGUCAUGCCGUUGCUAACGGCGAUGAGGCGCAGCGUGAAAGUGAGCGAGGAGCAGCGGGCGCUCAGAGAGGCCUGGGACGCCCUCGCCGAGAAGCUGCGGGAGUACAAGGUCCAGCUGGACGUGGGCCUGCCGGCUCCGCUGGCCCCGGUGGGCGCCUGGCUGCUGCGGACGGAGGGCGCGCUGACGGACCAGGAGCCCGACCCGCUGGACCCGGGCCGCGCCGCGCAGCAGGCCCGCCACAGCCAGGAGCUGCUCAACGCCUGUCUGGAGGAGAUGCCCCAGCAGUUGCGGAACUUCCAGAUGUUCCAGAAUGUGGACGAGAGCGGGAACCUUCUGGUUCCGACGGACAAACUGGACGAGAUGAAGAGAAGGUUCACCAGUGUGAGAGUGACCGCUAAGUACCAUGGCAUCAAACUGGAGUACCAGGAGCAAAGACACACCGUUCUGGAGCUGCUGGCUCGCAUCAGACCCAAGCUGAGGUCCUGGAGAAGGCCAUACGUUUCCCAGGAGUCCGUCCGCGUUCUGUUACAGGAAUGGCAUGAGUUGGUGAACGAACAGCAGCUCCCCUCCCUGCUGGAGGCAGCGCUGCAGAAACUCAAGCAUGUGUCUGGGAAGUACAGCAGCAAGUCUGCACUGGCUGCCGACUACGGGCAGGUGAAGCAGCAGGUGGAGGAGGUGGAGGAGGAGUCCCAGGAGCUCCAGGAGGGGGUGGCGGGGGUGAAGAGCAGCCUGGCCAGGGUGCUCUCUGCCUGGGAGUCCUUCAGCGACACGCUGAGCUCCCUGAUGGCCUGGCUGGAGCAGGGCAGCCUCGCACGCCCACCACAGGUGUCGUCUGAAGCGAUGUCGGAGUGGAGCUCUCGGCAGACUCACCUGAACCAGGUAGGGGAGUUCCUGAUGGAGGUCAGCGACCCCCAGACCACCCGGACCCUGGCCGACGACCUCCGCAGGAUCAACCAGCGCUGGGCUCGCUUCCUGCAGGCCGCCCCCGCCGUGGGUGAGUCUGAGGCGGCCCUGCCCGCCAGUCCCCCAGACCUGCAGGUUCUGAUCCGGGACGCCAUGCUGAUCCUGAAGGAGCCCCUGGAGACCAUGUCUGGGCCGCUCCAGACCUACCGCAAGAGGAUCCAGUUCAUGUUGAAGAAGAUGAGGGAUGUGGAUCUGGAAACUGAGGACUUUCCAGAACUCUCCGCUGAUCAGCGACAGAAGCUGACCCAGGCCAUACCUGAGGUGCUGCAGACGUUGUCGGAGGCUGAGCAGGUGUGUGUCGAGCUGCAGCAGAGUGUGUGCGGUCUGGACGGCCGACUGGCAGAGCUGCUCCACUGGGAUGUGGAGGCCAGGGAGCUGUACCAAGUCCUGAAGGCCAGGGAGAGGAGACCCCAGAGGGCCCAGGACCCCCGGGCCAGGGUGUUCAUCUCGCGGGGCCUGCAGCUGGAGGGCCAGGUGGUGACAGAGGAGCAGGACCUGCAGGUGAUGGUCAUGAUGAGCCAGAAGAACUCGCCCGUCCAGUACGUCCAUGCGUCGGCCAUGCAGCACCGCGUUCGGGCAGCCGUCGCCCAGUCCCAGGAAGUGGUGGGGAUGCUGAGCAGCCUGGGAGCCAGGAGAGACCGCAGCCAGAGCCCUCCAGAGGACCGGACUCCCAAACCGAAGACCUUUGUGGCGUGCGAGGGCGAGCCGGUGGAGAAGAGAGCCAGGGUGCUCUCCGUUGCUCCCCCUUUGACCCAGCAGAAGGCUCCUGAACCCCGGGCCGAGCCCAGAGGACUACAGCAGCAGCAGGUCCCAACAAUAGUGGUCCAGGAAUACAGAGAGAAGGCGAAGCUGAGCUCCCCACCGCUGCCAUACUCCUACGCCCAGGCCCAGCAACAGCGACAGCAACAACAACAGCAUCAUCAACAACCACAGCAACAGCAAAAACAACAGCACCGACAACCCCAAAGACAACAAAAGUUUCCACAACAGAUGGAGCAGCAGGAUGUCCCCCAGCAGAAACCGCCAGUUCACCCAGAGGCGCCGGUCCAGAAGCACAUGGGGGCUCGGGCCAAGGAGCUCCCAGAGGCCACGCCCCAGCCGCCUAGGCAGCCAGAAGAGCAGAAGAAGCCUCUCAGCCAGAAGGAGCUCCAAAGCAGAAAGGCUCAGGGUAGGAAGAACCGCCCUUGGCUCCAGAAAAAGCCUUCAGAUGAACAGGAUGCAGCUGUAGUGUCAGACCAGGCCCGGACGGCCCAGGAAAUCCCGUCCACCGAUCUUCCAAUUAAAUCCCCCUCUUCCCCUCCGACUGAGGCGCCUCCUUCUGCCCAGGCUCCGGCUCAGGUCUAUGUGCCAGCUCCAGCCCGGGUUUUCCCUUCGACCCAGGCGUCUUCUUCACCACAACCGGCUACCUCGGCCCAGGUUCAAACGCAUCCGGAGAAAGACUCCGGGUCCCUGGCUCCGGUUCCAGUGGAUUCACAGCUCAAAAGAGCACAAACGGCCCAGCUGGAGUCACAAGCCAAAACCAUGAAGCAAACAAAACCAGAACAGACAAAACAGCAGCAAAGGCAGCCACAACAGAAGCAGCCUGCACAACAACCCCAACCACAAAAACAACCACAGCAGGCUAAGAAAGAUGCUCAACCACAGCCAGCUGCCACAGCUAAAGUACAGACGACGGUGCAAGGCCCAAGUUCACAGUCCGAGACCCAGCAUCCAAGGGGUGAACAGGCCCAACCACAAGCUGAUAUACAUUCUCAAUCUCAGCCAACUGCCCCUGCCAAAGUGAAAACAUCAAGCCCAGCCCCGCCCCAGGUGCAUCCUCAACAACUUCAACUGCAAAUUCAAACACAGCCACCUCGGAGCCCCAUACAGUCUCUCUUGCCUACCCAAAUGGAGAUUCAGGCCCAGUGUCAACUACAGUCUCAUACAUGGUCCCAAGGCAGACCUCAGACUUCACUGCCUCUCCCAGGACAGCCUCAAGCUCCAAGCCAAGCCCAUGCUAUGGUCCAGGGCCAGACGUUGGCUCAAAUCAGGCCAACUUCCCCCAUGCAGGGUCAACUUCCAGGCUUUAUUCAGCCUCCAAUACCAUCUCACAUCCAGAUGCGCAGUCAGCAUCAGUCAUGGGCUCCAGUCAGGCCUCCCUCCCCUCUGCCUCCCAAGGGGCCCAUGCAGGCCGAGACACCAGCCCAUGGCCAACACGUUCAGCAGGCUCCAUCUCACCCUCAACCUGUCAUGCAACCUCCUUCUCAUAUCCCUCCCACGGCUCAGACACUAUCACACGUCCAAACGGUGACUCAACAGAAAACUGAUGCACCUAGAAUGCAUCCUCAGGCACCUCAACAGCAGGUUCACAUUGGCCCGAGCCCACAGGCUUGGGCUCCAAUCAGAGUACCAUCUCCAAUGCAGACACAUUCUCCAGUGCCGCCUCCUCCAUUUUCUCAAUCUCCAGUGCAGCCUCAGAUUUACCCGGCUGGAUAUCCCCAAAGUCAAUCUCCACAACAGCAGUGGGUCCGAAGACAGGAGCAACAGAUUCAGGGUUAUUCACAGCAGGGGCAGCCUCUUCCCCAAGCCUUCCAGGAGAACACGGUUCAGCCCAUUCUACCUCCUCAGGUGUAUCCUACAGCCCCGCCACAGCAAUGGGCCCCGUUCCAGCCUCAACAAGGGCCCCAGCAGGGACACCCUGGCUACCCUCCCUAUCCAGCACAGCAUCCUCAACAACAGUCUCAGCCACAACCACAAACACAGCCAUGGGCCCAAUCCCAAGGACAGAUGAUUCCCCAGAGGCCGAUGCAACAGCCACUGACGAGAGCGUACAAUCUGAGUCAAACGCAGACACAAGUUCAGCACAUUCAGCAAGAACCUUGGAUUCAACCUCAGUCACCAGCCCAACCCCACUCACAGUUCCAGCCUCAAUCCCUCCUUCAACCUUGGUAUCCACCAGGGCAACCUGAACGCCAAGCGCAGUCUCAUCCUCAGACUGAGCCCCCGAGCCAUCCGUCUCAGCGGGAGCCACAUCAGGCUUCCCACAUCCACCGGCCUCAGCCUCUGCAGCAGGCCCCCGUUCAGCCUCAGAAACAGUUACAGACCCCCCCACAGCCACCUCAGCUGCAACACCCGCUGUCCCAACUGCAGGCCCAGGUGAUCCCCCAACCCACAACCCAGACUCGGACGACUAUUCAAACCAAAGUUAUGACACAGUCAACUGUACAGGCCACACCUGUACCCCAGCCAACUGGCCAACCCAAAGCCCAGACACAGUCCACACCACAACCUAGUCCUAGCCAGGCCCAUACAAUUCCUCAAACUCCGAGCCAGAAACAGCCAACACCCAAUGUCCAGAAACAGAAAGAGCCCCAAACCACAGCCCUGCCAACUGUACAGUCUACAUAUGUGGCCCAGCACUCUGGACAACCCUGGCCACAGGUCCAAGUCCAGGUACCGACAGUGCCACAGACAAAAUCCCAGACCCUGCCAACUGGAGAUGCUGAAGGUCCGAUGCAGAUGGGUCCACAAACCACAGCCCUGCCAAUUGUACAGUCUACAUCCGUGGCCCAGCACACUGGACAACCCUGGCCACAGGUCCAAGUCCAGGUACCGACAGUGCCACAGACAAAAUCCCAGACCCUGCCAACUGGAGAUGCUGAAGGUCCGAUGCAGAUGGGUCCACAAACCACAGCCCUGCCAAUUGUACAGUCUACAUCCGUGGCCCAGCACACUAGACAACCCUGGCCACAGGUUCAAGUCCAGGUACCGACAGUGCCACAGACAAAAUCCCAGACCCUGCCAACUGGAGUUGCUGAAGGUCCGAUGCAGAUGGGUCCACAAACCACAGCCCUGCCAACUGCACAGUCUACAUCUGUUACUCAACAGAUUGGACAACCCAAAGUCCAGAUCCAGACGGUGCCGCAAACCCCAUCCCAGACCCUGCCAGCUGUCCAGCAUGUAACAGAGGCCCAGCCAACUGUGCAGCCUACCACACCAUCCCAGUUCCUUGGCCAACCAAAAGCCCCCAUACAGGUUGCAGUACAGACCAUACCCCUGCCGACUGCACAUACUAUGGUUCAGUCACAGCCAGCUGUACUCCCCACAGCCAUGGCUGAGCCACCACCGCGACCUAAAGUCCUCCAUCCCACGCCCCAGAUCCUCUCCCUUCCCCAGACUCUGGGGGACUCUCCAGAACUCCGCAUCAAACCUCAGGCACUGGUCCAGGCAACCCCCCAGGCUUACACCGAGGCCUACGCCAAGGCCCAGGCCCUUGCCAGGAACGGCUUUGAGGACGCCAAGCACUGCCUGCAGCAGCACAUCCUGGAGGCCAUCAAUGUCUUCACGGACAAACGUCUGUCCAGGGAACCAGCAUCGUCCAAAGAGGAGUCUCUGAGGACCCUGGACCCGGACCUGCUGGAGGGGUUCCUCAGGGCUGCCGAGAGCAUGGAGGCCUUCUGCACCCCCUCCCAGCUCCAGGACAUGGAGCUGUUCACCCAGUCGGUCCAGAUGCAGUGGGAGGAGUGCUUCUCGGCGCAGGGCAGCGCGGCCCAGGCGGGGCGGCACCUGGAGGCCCUCAGGGAGCUCUGUGGGACCCUGAGCCCAGAGGACUCCCACCGCCUCGCCCAGGCCCAGCUUAGGGAGUGUGAGAAGAGGCUGGCCGCCAUCCAGAGGCAGUUCAGCGGGGAGGCGGACCCCCCGGCGCCGACGCAGCCCCCCGAGACCGGAAUUCCCACCAAACCCAGUCAGGACGCAGUCCCAGAGCGGGAGACCAGUAGCGCCCGACCAGCGGGCCCAGCUGAGGCGUCCAACGUGAUGGUGAAGAUGAGUAGUGAGGAGAGGAGUGAGAUGGAGAGGCAGCCCUCGGUAGAGGAAGACCUGGUGCAGAGGGAGCUUUCAGAAAGAUACGAGAACUCAAAGAAGUCUUUGCUCGCUCAGAUGGCCAAAAACGAACAGAUCCUCCAGGAACUCUCCGGAGAUUCUGUCUCCCUGAAAGGCCUGCACACUCGGCUCCAGGAAAUACAGUUACUGAGGCAAGAGACGGAGGCGCUGUGGUCGGAGUUCUCCACCCAGUGCCCCCAGCAGGGCACCGCCAGGCCCGGGGCGGAGCAGGAGAGGGCGGAGCUCCGCGAGCGCUGGCGCGCCCAGCUGGUGGAGCUCCAGCGGCGGGGGGGCGCGCUGGGCGGCGCGCUGCGGCAGAUUGACUCCACCCAGAACCACAUGGUGGACUUCAUCGACCGGCUGGACCGCUACCUCCGUCAGCCCAAGGACGUCUCCGCCUUCACCCUGGCCAGCAGCACCGUCGGCGACAUCAAGGAGCUGGACGACAGCAUCCAGAGCGAGCUGGACCAGCUGUCGCGCCUGGACCCGGUGGACUCCAGCAGCCUGGCCUCGCUGUCCCAGGAGGUGGCCUCGCACCGGGCCAGCCUGGACCAGCUCCGGCAGCAGGUGCGCAAGAGCGAGGCGGCGGCGCGUGCGCUGGACCGCUUCCUCAUGUCCCUGCGCAGCGUGGAGCAGGACGUAGCCGGGGUGCAGUCGGCGCCCUGCAGCGACCCCGCCCUGCUGCAGGAGUCCCGGGCCAGGCUGGGGCUCAGCCGGCAGAGCGUGGGUAGCCUGCGGGACAAGGCCCCCCAGCUGGACGUGCUGUUGCAGGGGGCCCGGCUGGUGGUGACCCGGGACGGGGCGCCAGCCUCCUGCCUGGACAUGGUGCUGGUGCUGCAGGGCCGGCUGGAGGAGGCGGACCGCCAGGUGAGCGGCCAGCAGCGGAGCCUCCACCGAGAGGCGGAGUCCCGGUCGCUGGGCCUGAGGGGGCGGAGCCUGCUCGGCGAGAUGAGGCGUCUGACGGAGGCGGCGGAGAAGCAGGGGCUGAAGGAGCCCAACGUGCCCGCGGUGCAGCACAGGCUGAGGGCUCUGUCAGACCUGGAGGUCCAGCUGAAGACCCAGCGCUCAGAGCUCCAGACCCUGACCGACCUCCACGGAGAAGGGGGAGGAGCAGAGGAGCAGCUGCAGCCUCUGAAGGCCCAGUGGGAGGAAACGCAGGCCGCCGUGACGGACAGACUGGAGGAGUGCAACACCCUGAUGGAACUGCUGAAGAAGUUCCAGGGUUGCCGCGGUUACGUGAGCAGCACCAUGCAGAAGGCGGAGCAGGUGAUGGGAGAGCAGGCGUCCUACAUGGGCAAGGAAAACCUGCAGAGGCUCAUCGCCAAGGUCCACGACAUCAAGGAGGACCUGCGGGGCGUGGGCGUGCGUAUGGAGGAGGUCCGGUUUGUCUCCAGGCAGCUGACGGCCCACCUCAAGAAUAUGCCCGACUGCAGUGAGGCCCCGUUCGAGGCCGAGUCCGACGUGCUGAUGGACGGCUGGCUGGACGUGACGGAGAAGAGCGAGUCGUACAUGGACAACCUGCAGGUGGCGCUGGAGCAGUGGGAGAGGCAGCUGGGGCUGGGGGCGGAGGUGGAGGCCUGGGCGGCGGCCAAGCUGGCCGUGUUCGCAGAGAGCCACCCCUUCCACAGCGAGCAGCAGGUCCUGGACAUGAGGGAUGAGAUCCAGAGCCACGAAGAGAACAUUGAGCGUUUCCAUAAGAAGUCGGUGGAGAUCCAGGAGAUGCUUCAGAGCCAGGAUCCUCCGCUGGAGCUACAGGUGGUGGAGACCCAGCUGAGGAAGAAGAUGGAGCAGGUGCAGGAGCUGUUCAGCGACAGCACCGACGUCUUUGAGGAGCUGAUGGCUGUGAAGAAACACCUCGCUGAGAAGAUCCAGGAGUGCGCUGCCGCCGUGGAGAACAUCCAGACCUCCAUCAACAACGUCUCCACCUCGGAGCCCCGGGCCAACACCCUACUACAGGAUCUGAGUGAGGACCUGGACUUCCAGGAGGAGAAGGCCCAGGGGGUGGUGAGGGAGCUGGACCUGAUCUCCAGCGUGGCCAGCCCCGAGGCCCUGGAGCCCCUGACCCAGGACGCCUACCGCCUCAAACACGCCUUCUCCCUCGGCAGAGAGCUAAUCCAGAGGAGGAGAGACGACCAGGGGAAGGACCUGGCCACCGCCAUCAGAGACGACAACCAGAGGUUUGAUGAGUUCUUCCAGGACCUCCAGCUGUCAAUCAACGAGUGCUUUGAGAAUCCAGAGAGUCGUGAGGAUGUGGAGACAUCCCUUAACAGACUGACGGGUUUCCUGGAGGCCAGGGAGAGCGAGCGACGGCUGGCCCAGCUGAAAGAGCGUCUGGAUAGGGGCAGGGAGCAGAUCCCUCCCCCUGUCCUGGAGGAGCUCACCUCCUGGCUGGAGGAGCAGCAGAAGGAGGUGUCCACCUUCGCAACCCACUGCAGCAACCGCCAGCAGCAGAUGCAGAGCACCCUCAACACGUUCAAGAGUCUUCAGGAGCAGUAUGAUGCGUUCCAACAGUGGCUGAAGAACAAGGAGGAAGACUCUGUGGAAUCAGACCAAGUCAGCCGUCUGCUCAAAGACCUCCAAGACCAGAGGGGGAGAGCUGAGUCCCUGGAGGAGCUCCUGUCGGCGGUGCGCCGGCAGGGCGUGAGGGCCGACGGUCUGCUGAAGGACGGAGACAACCUGCUCCAGCGCUACCGCAACCUGGAGACCCGGCUCGGUGACCAGCAAAGCCAGGCCCGCAGGGACCUGGAGGGGCAGCGGGAGGAGUUCCACACCCAGGCUGAGAGCACCCAGACCUGGAUCAGAGACCUGGCUGAAGGCCUGGCCUCGCCCCACAUCCAGGGACAACACCAGGAGGUCAAACUGGCAGCACAGGCGGUGCUCGUCUCCAGGCACGACGGAGACGCUCAGGUGGACGAUCUGAGACGGCGAGGGCAGAGCGUGUGUAAGUGUGAGGACCUGGAGGAGGGCAGGAGGAGGGAGGUGCAGCAGACGGUCGAGGCGACGGCCAAGCAGUGGGGGAACGUUCUCCAGAGGGCGGAGGAGUCCCUCCACAGAGCCGAGACACAGGCGGCCGUAGAGGAGAACCUCGACGACUUCAAGAGCCAGAAGGAGAGCGUCCUGUCCUGGGUCCGACAGCAGACCCAGACCCUGAGGUCUGUCGGAGGUCACAUGACCUUUGAGGAAAGGCUGCAAAUCCCUCGGAACAUCCUGGCCUCCAAGCCCGGCGGAGACGCCAAACUCCAGGAGCUCCGCAAACAAGCCGGGACCCUGUACGGGAACGAGGAGCCGGAGGAGAGCGUCAGGCGGCAGGAGGUCCAGCAGAGCCUCCGGGAGGUGGAGACCCAGUGGGCGGGGGUCCUGCGGGGGGCCGGGGAGGCGGAGAGGAGCGCCCUCUCCGAGGACUUCCACCUGCAGAAGAACCGGACGCUGGCGUGGGUGGCGGAGAGGCAGCGGGCGCUGGACGCGCUGGGCAGGCACGCGCCCGCCGAGCAGAGGCGCCGCGCCGCGGAGGACGUGCUGGGCUCCAGACCCGAAGGGGACCGGCAGGUGAACAACCUGAGGAGGGGCGGUCAGGGUCUGUGUGGACGGCUGGAGCAGGAGGACCGCACGAGGAGGGAGGAGGUGCAGCAGGCCGUGCAGGAGGCGGAGGAGCGCUGGAGGCUGGUCCUGACCGGCGCCACACAGAGCCUGGAGGAGGCUGAGGCCCAGGUUGCCCUGGAAACGGAGAAGAGGGACGGGGAGCUCAGAGAAUUCAACACUCAAAACCAAGAGGCCACCAUGUGGAUUGGAGCACUACAACGGAAGCUCACAACUCUAGCAGAACAAACCAAUGCUGAGGACAGACUUCACAGUGCACAGACCAUCCUGAGCGUCAAACAAGAGGGAGAAGCCAAGAUGGCAGCACUUCAGAGCCGCGUCAAUGACCUGUGUGAGAAUGAGGACCUAGAGGAGAGCAGGAGAGAGGAGGUUCAGCAAAGCCUGCGGGACAAGAAAGAACAGUGGCGGUUGCUCCUUGAGUCAGCCAAACGGGCCGUGGAAGAGGGGGAGAAGCAGUGUGCUCUGGAAGGGCUCCUUAGAGACGUCCGUGCCCAGAUAAAGAGCACUACGGCCUGGCUGGAAGAUAAGCAGCAGGCCCUUCUCACCCUGGACCGGACGGAUCUAGAGAAAUCUAUGAACACUGCGCAGGCCGUUCUGGGCUCCAAGCCCGAAGGAGACGGCAAGGUGGACGAUCUGAGAAGACGGGGGCAGAGCGUGUGUGAGCGUGAGGACCUGAAGGAGAGCAGCAGGAAGGAGGUGCAGCAGGCCGUCAGGGAGGCGGCGGAGCAGUGGAGAAGCGUUCUAGAGAAGGCGGAGGAGGUCCUCCACAGGACUGAGCUCCAGUCCACCCUCUCCAGGGAGCUGCAGGCGUUCAGCGGCCAGGCAGAGAGUGCUGGGACCUGGCUGAAGGAGCUCCGACACCAGGCCGCCCCGCUGGAGACCCAGGUGACCCAGGGCAACCAGGAGCAGAUAGAGAGCAGGCUCAAAGCAGCGCAGACGAUCCUUGGCUCCAGGUCGAGGGCCAAGGGCUUCCUGUCAGACCUGAGCAGAGGAGCACAGAGUCUGUGUCAGCGUGAGGACCUGGAGGAGAGCAGGAGGACGGAGGUGCAGCAGACGGUCAGACAGACAGAGGAGCAGUGGAGGUCCCUCCUGAAGACUGCUGAGGGGGCGCAGAGAGAGCUGAAGGCGGUGACGGACCUCGUGGUGUCCUGUGAGUUCCAGCGCUGCCAGGCUCAGGGGCGCCUGGCCGAGCUCCAGAGGCAGAGCUCCGCCCUGCCGCGGCUCUUCCCCUGGCCGGGCCUAGGGGACCGGCGGCAGGCAGCCGAGGACGUCAGGGCCCUCCUGGAACGCACCAGGGACCAGGGGCCCGUCCUCAAAGCCCUGCGGAGACAGGCGGAGGAGGUGUUUGAGAAGACCCAGGACCCCACCUGGAGAGACCCUACCUGGGCUGGGAUGGAGGAGUGCCUCCCUGGCCUGCUGUCAGAGCUCACUGAGGCGGGAGCUGACCUGGAGCUGGGCAUCCUGACGGAGCGCCAGUUCACCCAGCUGGUGGAGCAGCACGGGGCGGCCCAGGACUGGCUCCGCGAGCAGGUCAAGGUCCUGGGACCCCCGCCCGCCGACCGACAGGGUCUGCACAGCACCGCCAACACGCUGAAGGCUCUCCUGCAGACGGUGGGCCGCGAGGAGCGGGAGAUGAAGGAGCUGGACCCCCUCCGCGACCGCCUCACGGCCCUGUGCACGCCGGGGGGCCGCGACUCCCUCAGCCUGGAGGUGCGCCACCUCCACGAGCUCCGCACCACCUCGGAGCAGGAGGUGCGGGAGCGGCUGGUGGUGUGCGAGGGCCGCCUGGGGGAGCUGGGGCAGGAGGCGGGCCGCCGGGGCCGGGCCCUGAAGGAGCGGGGCGCGGCGCUGCAGUGGGAGCUGCGGUCCCUGGACCAGGCGCUCUGCUACAGCGAGCCCCAGAACCACAUCGCCCAGCUGCAGCAGCACUGGACCAGCCUCCAGAAAUGUCAGGGGUCGCUUGAAGGCCUGGGGGUCAAAGUUCAGGAGCUGUACCAGGAAGUGAAAAGUGUCGCCGGGACAACAGAGGAGAUGCCGUCCGAGGCGAUCACCAUGGUUGAGUCGCUGAAACAGCAGAACGACGAUCUGAGGUCCAGGCUGACAGAACGGCAGGAUUCCUGCACAAAGCACACCAGCUGCUGCUCCUCUGAUUGCCUAAGGGCACUGCAGCAAUGGAAUCUCACCAAGCCUUCAACAGACUCUCCCACCUCUGUAAAGGCAGCUCUAGAGGAGGGGGAGAAACUGCAGCAUAGCCUGCGGGAGGCGCUGUCGCACAGGCAGUUCCUGGUUGACUCUUUGAAGGUGGGCGAGGCAGAGCGACUGGAGAGAGAGAGCUCAGAGGCUCUCCAAGCAGCAGUCACUAAGUCUUCUACCUUGACCCAGAGCUUAAAGGGGCUUGAAGACAAGAAGAAACACAAGCUGCAAGCCCCUCAGGCCUCUGAGGUCCGUCCAGCUAGAGUGGAGGACGUAGAAAUACCAGCAACGGCACCAUCAGUAGUAGCACCACCACGGACAAUCAGACCCUCUGCAGAGAGGAAGAGCAUCACUGUUUCCCAGAAACAUACGGAACUCCAGGAACCAAUCAUCGAUAAAGAUAAGAGGGAAACCACACACAGUGAAAUUGAAACUUCAGUAUCUGUAGUGCGAGUCACCACAGAGACGACGUACGUCACUGAAGACAGGACACUGACCGCAUCAGAGGCUACAAGUGUGAGUGUACUUUCUGCUGAAUCGGCGACUAAGGCUGGGUCCGAAGGAACAAGGAGUACAAAGUCAACUACAACGUCAUCUUCAGUGGAGCCCGUAAUAGUUAGAGCUGAGCCCCAUUUCCCUGUAAUAGUAUGGGAACCGGUUGACACUGCUGUAGGGGGAACAGACAAGUCUGAGCAGGCCAGAAGACAGGAUCUAGACGUUGUUGCUCAGCCUGCUUUACCAGAGUCUAUGCAAACGAAGGAGGAAUUUUUGAUAACGACAUCUGGGUUGUCUAUUUGCCAGACCAAAAUCGCUGUUAAAGAACCACAGCAGUUUCUGGUAACCAGGAGUAAUCAGAGUUUGGCUGUUUCAAAAGAUCCUUCUCAAGCACUGAAUCGGGAACCUAAGGAGAGUCGAGAAGAUUCCACUGAGGGAUUCAAGAUCAAAUCGGAAACCAUCACUGAUGCACAAACUAAGCUGGUAACGAGUGGGAGCAAGUUAGAGACCUCCAUUUCAUCAGGAACCCUUGAUGCAGAACCAAAGGGAACUGAACAUGUACAGUUCACGCAAAAGCUAAAAGCUGAGCAAGCUAAGCCUUCUCCUCCUACAAGAAAGUCCAAAUCUACCAAGACUUCAGACCCAAUCAAAACCGACACUCAAGAGCCAAUCACACUGGAACAGGCUGAGGUAAGGACUACAGAUCACCAGGCCCAAGCAAGUGUUACUGCACCAGUUCCUGUGAAGCCUGAACAAGAUCCGACAAAUGCUGAAAGUGAAAAGUCUUCUAUAAUUCCAUAUUCAACCCCAGCACUGUCAGAUACAGCUGUCAUGGAGAAAGCCAUGGUGGUACCAGCCAGGAAAAAGUCAAAAUCUUCUGGAUCCCCUAUUAUGCGUGCAACACCUGCACAGUCCAAGCAAACUUCUGAGAGUAAUCUGUCUGUUUCUGUGGUAGACCGAGGUUUACCUGUACCUACCAAGAAAGUGCAAAGCCCCAGAGUUGACACAACAACAAAACAACCAACAAAAACCACCAUUACAACAACUAAAGAAAUGACUAAAACUAAACAGGACCUUUCUAGGGUUGAAACAUCAAAGACCCAAGAUUCACCCCAAGUUGGGACAGCUAAGGUGGAUGUGUGUGUCUCACAUCUUGUGCCAAGCAGGAGAAGGUCUAGAGAGAUUCCAGAGUACUCUACAGCUUCAGAGCCAGCCUCAGAACUUGCUGUACCUGCUGAUGUUCCAACCAAACUUGCUGAAUCUGAGACCGCUGCUGAUGAUCAGACUAAGCUUGUACCAACGAGGAGAAAGUCAAAGACAUCAGUGACAUCUAUGAAACUUGAUGGAGAACCACAGCAGAAGAUUGCAAGUUCAAAACCUGGCACGCAAACAAGAACCCUUGAGCAAGCGAAGCCUUCACCCACUACAAGAAGGUCAAAAUCCACCAAGGCUUCAGAGCCAAUCAAAACGAACACUAUGAAUAAAGAAGCCAUCACUGUUCGUACUGAACGAGACCCUGCAAGUGCGUCAUUGAUUAAUCCAGAGUCAUUCAUCAGGCCAUCCAUAGCUACUGAUGUGGAAAAAACAACAUCGGAGAGAACCGGUACCUUGGGCAAUCAAACUGUUCCUACAACUUUAGAGACAACAUUACCUGUCACUGGACCUGCUGAAGCGAAGAUCAAACCAAUUCAGACUAAAAAAGAAAGUGCAAAGUCUCCUCUCACAGAAGAGUCAAUCACAGGACUGGCCGAGACCGUUGUUGUUUUGGAGGAACCCAUUGUGGUACCUGCCAGGAGAAAGUUCAAACCUGAUGGAUCUCCUAUGACACUGGCUGAUGUAAAACCUGCACAGUCAACAGAAGACUCUGAGUCUCCUCAGCCUUCUCCCAUUGGAAAAGAAAAGGCUGCUCUGUCUAAUUCACAAAGUACAACCGUCAACGAAAUUGUAGAGCCACACUCAUUAAAGAAGGUGACUUUAGUUGUUCUGGAUAUCCCUGCUUUCCAGACAGCGGACACAUUCCCACAGACAUCAAUCUCUGAGAGAGCAGACAGUGCUGGAUCGAUAGGGCUUGACAUCACACUGGGACAGGCAUCUAAAAAGUCAGAGCCAACUGUACUUCCUCAACUUUCUCAAAGUCAUGUAAAUGUGCCCCCGUCCCUACUACCUGAGAAACAACAUCCAGAUGUUCCAAAACCGCAGUCCACAGACCAGACUUCAGUUCUCCUGGCCCAAGCGAGUGUCACUGCACCUGUUCCUGUGAAGCCUGAACAAGUUCAGGCCAAUCCUGAAAGUGAAAAAUCUCCUAUAAUUCUAUAUUCAACCCCAGCACUGUCAGAACAAACUGUCAUGGAGAAAGUCAUGGUGGUACCAGCCAGGAAAAAGUCGAAAUCUUCUGGAUCUCCUAUUAUGCAUGCAACUCCUGCACAGUCCAAACAAGAUUCUGCUGUUUCUGUGGUAGACCGAGUUUUGCCUGUACCUACUAAAAAAGUGCAAAGCCCCAAAGUUGACACAACAGCAAAACAACCAACGAAAACCACCAUGACAACAACUAAAGCAAAGACAGAAAAAAACAAACAGGACCUUUCUAGUGUUGAAACCUCAAAGAACCAAGAUUCAAGCCAAGGAGGGACAGCUAAGGUGGACUUUUGUGACUCGCAUCUUGUGCCAAGGAACCGAAGGUCUAGAAAGACUCCAGAGGGCUCUACAGCUUCAGAGCCAGCCUCAGAUGUUGCUAUACCUGCUGAUGUUCCAACAAAGCUGGCUGAAUCUGAGAGCACUACUGAUGAUCAGACUAAGCUUGUACCAACAAGGAGAAAGUCAAAGACAUCCGUGACAUCUAUGAAACUUGAAGGAGAACUAAAGCAGAAGAUUACAAUUUCGAAACCUGGCAUGCAAACAAGAACCCUUGAGCAAGCUAAGCCUUCACCCACUACAAGAAGGUCAAAAUCGACCAAGACUUCAGAGCCAAUCAAAACUGACACUAUGAAUAAAGAAGUCAUCACUGUUCAGACUGAACAAGACCCUGGAAAUGUGUCAUUGAUUAAUCUAGAGUCAGUCUACAGGCCAUCCAUGGCUCCUGAUGUGGAAAAAACAACAUUGGAGCGAACCGGUACCUUGGGCAAUCAAACUGUUUCUACAACUUUAGAGACAACAUCUCCUGUCACUGGACCUGCUGAAGCGAAGAUCAAACCAAUUCAGACUAAAACAGAAAGUGCAAAGUCUCCUAUCACAGCAGAGUCAAUCACAGGACUGGCAGCGACUGCUGUUGUUUUGGAGGAACCCGUCGUUGUACCUCCCAUGAGAAAGUUAAAGUGUGAAGGAUCUCACAUGACAAAAGCUGAUGUUAAACCUGCACAGUCAACAGAAGACUCUGAGUCUCCUCAGCCUUCUCCCAUUGGAGAAGAACAGGCUGCUCUGUCCAAUUCACAAAGUGCAACUGUCCAUGAAAUUGCAGAGCCACACUCAGAAAAGAAGGUGGCUUUAGUUGUUCUGGAUAUUCCUGCUUUCCAGACAGCGGACACCUGCCAACAGACAUCCAUCUCAGAGAGAGCAGACAGUGCUGGAUCGAUAGGGCUUGACAUCACACUGGGACACGCAUCUAAAAAGUUAGAGCCAACUGUACUUCCUCAACCUUCUCAAAGUCAUGUAAAUGUGCCCCAGUCCAUACUACUUGAGAAACAACAUCCAGAUGUUCCUGAACCUCAGUCCCCAGACCAGACUUCAGCUCUACGGGCAGAGGCAAGUGUUACUGCACCUGUUCCUGUGAAGCCUGAACAAGUUCAGGCAAAUCCUGAAAGUGAAAAAUCUCCUAUAAUUCCAUAUUCAACCCCAGCACUGCUAGAAUCGGCUGUCGUGGAGAAGGCCAUGGUGGUUCCAGCCAGGAAAAAGUCAAAAUCUGCUGAAUCUCCUAUUAUGCGUUCAAAACCGGCACAGUCCAAGCAAGACUCUGAGGCUCCUCUGUCCUCUGUUUCUGUGGUAGACCGAGCUUUGCCUGUACCUACUAAAAAAGUGCAAAGCCCCAGAGUUGACACAAAAACAGCAAAAGAACCAACAAAAACCACCAUUACAACAACUAAACUAAAGACAGAAAAAACUAAACAGGACCUUUCUAGUGUUGAAAAAUCAAAGGACCAAGAUUCAACCCCAGUUGGGACAGCUAAGGUGGAAUUUUGUGAAUCGCAUCUUGUGCCAAGGAACAGAAGGUCUCGAAAGAAUCCAGAAGACUCUACAGCUUCAGAGCCAGCCUCGAAUGUUGCUGCACCUGCUGAUGUUCCAACAAAACUGGCUGAAUCUGAGACCACUGCUGAUGAGCAGACUAAAUUUGUACCAACAAGGAGAAAAUCAAAGACAUCAGUGACAUCUAUGAAACUUGAUGGAGAACCACAGCAGAAGAUUGCACGUUCAAAGCCUGCCAUGGAAACAAGAACCCUUGAGCAAGCUAAGCCUUCACCUACAACAAGAAGGUCAAAAUUGACCAAGACUUCAGAGCCUAUCAAAACCGAAACUAUGAAUGAGGAAGUUAUCACUGCUCGUACUGAACAAGAUCUUGCAAGUCUUACAUCAUUCAAUCCAGAGUUGGUCAUCAGGCCAUCCAUAGCUACUGUUGUGGAAGAAACAUUAUUGAAACGAACUGAUAACAAGGACAAUCAAAAGGAUAUUACAACUUCAGAGCCAACAUCACUUGUAACUGGACCUGCUGAAGUAAAUAUCGAAUCGUUUCCAACAAAAGACGAAAGUGUCAGGUCUUCUUUCACUGCAGAGUCAAUCACAGGAAUGGCAGAAACUGGUGCUGUUGUGGAGGAAAGCAUUGUGGUACCACCCAGGAGAAAGUUAAAUCCUGAUGGACCUCCUAUGACACAAGCUGAUGUUAAACCAGCACAGUCAACAGGAGAUUCCGAGUCUCCUCAGCCUUCUCCCCAUAGUGAAGAACAGGCUGCUCUGUGUAGUUCACAAAGUUCAACAGUCCAUGAAAUUAUAGAGCCACACUCAGUUAAGAAGGUGGCUGUAGUUGUUCUGGAUAUUCCUGUUUUCCAGACAGUGGACACAUGCCCACAGACAUCAAGUUCUGAGAAAGCAGACAGUGCUGGAUCGUUAGGGGUUGACAUUAAACUUGGACAGGCAUCUAUACAGCCACCUGUGCUUCCCGAACUUUCUCAAAGUCAAAUAGAUGUGCCCAAGUCCCUACCAUCUGAGGUACAAUGGUCAGAUGUUUCCAGAGACCCGACUGCAGACCUUCAGGCCCAAGAUUGUUUUACUGGACCUGUUGCUGUCAAGACUGAACAAGUUCUGACCACAUCUGAAAGUGAAAAGUCUCCCAUCACUAAGGCCAAACAAGUUCCGACAAAACAUGAGAGUGAAGGGUCUCCCAUCACUCCAGAUUCAUUAUCUGGACUUGCAGAGAUGGGUAAUGUAGUGGAAGCCAUGGUAAUACCAGCCAGGACUAAAUCAAAACCUGCUGGUUCUCCUGUGAUGCAUGCAAAUGCAAGCCCUGCACAGUCCAAACACGACUUUGAGGGAUCUCACCCUUCUGUCACUGCUGUAGAACAAGCCUUGCCUUUACCUUUGCAGCAAAGGCAAAGCCCCAAAGUGUGCAGAACAACAGCAAAACAACCAGCAGAAACCACUAUUAAAACAUCUGAAGGAAAGACUGAAAAAACAAAACAGGACACCUCUAUUGUGGUGCCAUCAACGAACAAAGAUUCAACAACAGUUUUAACAGCUAAGGUGGACGUGGAUGACCUGCCAUGCGUGUCAAGCAGGAGAAGGUCUCAAGAGAUCCCAGGAGACUCUACAGUCUCAGGGCCAGCCUCAGAUGUUGCUGUUUCUGCUGAUUUUCCAACCAAACUCUGUGAAUCCGAGACCACUGCUGUAGAGCAGACUAAGCUUGUACCAAUUAGGAGAAAGGCAAAGACAUCUGUUUCGUCUAUUAAAGUAGAUGCAGAACAGAAAGUAGAUGCAGAACAGCAAAAGAUGAAAAGUUCAGAACAUGGCUUGGAAACAGUGGCUCUUGAGCAAGCUAAGCCUUCACCCCCCUCAAGGAGGUCAAAAUCGACCAAAACGUCAGAGCCAAUCAAAACCAAAACUAUCAACAAAGAAGUAAUCACUGUUACAACUAAACAAGACCCUGCAAGUCAGAAGUCAUUGAUUAAUCCAGAGUCAGUCAUCAGGCCAUCAAUAACUGCUGCUGUAGAAGAAACAAAAAUAGAGAAAACUGGUAACAAAGAUGAUCUAGAAGUUUCUAGAGCUUCAGAGCUAAUAUCACCUGUGACUGGACCUGUUGAUGUGGAGACAGGACCAGAAAGUCUUAAGUCUCCUGUCACCCCAGAGUCAAACACAGAAUUGGCAGAAACUGGUGUUGUUUUGGAGGCACCCAUAGUGGUACCUGCCAGGAGGAUGGUAAAGGUUGAUGGAUCUCCUAUGAAACAGGGUGAUGUAAAACCUGCACAGUCAACAGAAGACUCUGAGUCCCCUCAGCCUUCUCCAAUUAGAGAAGAACAAGCUGCUCUGUCUGAUUCACAAAGUACAACCAUCCAUGAAAUGGUAAAGCCAUACUCAAUCAAGAAGGUAGUUGUAGUUCUGGAUAGUCCUGAUGUCCAGACAGUAGACGUUUGCCUAAAGGAAUUAAGCUCUGAGAGAGCUGACAUUGCUGGAUCGAUAGGGGUUGACAUCCCACUGGGACAGGCAUCUAAGGAAUCAGAGCCAUCUGUACUUCCUCAACGUCCUCAAAGUGAAAUAGUUGUGCCCCAGUCCUUAAUUCCUGAAGGACAACCGCAAGAUGUUCCAAAACCUGAGCCCAAAGACCAGACUACAUCCCAUCAGGAACUUGCAAGUGUAACUGCACCUGUGGCUGUGAAGACACAACAAUUUCAGGCAAAACCUGAAAUUCCAAUAAGGAAAAAGUCAUCAGCUACAUCUGCUGAUGUUCAGACCAAAUCUGUCACUAGUACUGGGGAGAAGGCCAAGCUUGUAUCACCAACCGGGAGAACAUUGGAGACAUCAAUUAAACCUGCUGAUACCGAACCAGAAUCCAGCAAGGAUAGUGAUCGUCUUCUGUCCUCAACGAGUUCAAAUCCUGAUAUAAAAAGCUUUGUAAUGAGAACCGACAAUAAAACCACUGACGUCUUCACUGUGGAACCCAAGGAGGUAUCGGAUCUCAUGAAUCUGGAAAGUUGUGUUAGCCGAGAGUCCGUCACAAUGGAAACCGUGACUGCUGUUGUGAAAGAAGCACAGCUUGUACCAACCAGAAGAAAGUCUCAGACUGCGCUUUCAUCUGUGCAACCUACUGAUGUGCAACAGCAACAACAGAAAGAAAGUGAGGGUCCUUUGUCCCCACAAAGUCCCAGAUCUGAAAUUAAAAGGCCUUUUGUGGAGGAAUAUCCCAAACUUGCAAAAACCUCAGAACUAGAAACCAUUUGUAUCGUUGAUGUCAAGCCUGAACAAACUCAAAGAGAGCCCAUCGGUUUGGACUCUUCCACAAAACUCCAGAAGUCUGUCCCAAUACUGCCUAAAAAUGCCGGAGUUCUGGAAGCUAAGCCUGGACCGACCAGAGAAGAGAAGCUGACAUCUGAGCCGGAAAAAGAGGAGGAGCCUGAAAUUCCGAAAUUAUCCAAACCUUUAGAUCCAAGUCCAACUACUGUUGUAAAAGAAACAAAAGCUAUUCUAACUGGCAGCAAGGGUCAAGAUGAUUCCACUGGUGCUGUUGACCAUAAUGCACCUGCAGAAGCCAAGAUAAAAUCUGGUACACAUUCUAGAUCCAACAAUGAGGAACCUUUAUAUCUUCUGUCUUCUCAAACCUUUGAGACAGCAGCUUCAGAGCCAGCUUCAGAUGUUGCUGUAUCUGCUGAUGUUCAAACAAAACACAUACAGGCUGAGUCUGAGGCCACUGCUGUCGAACAGACCAAUGUCGUACCAACUCAGAAAAAGUCAAAGACUUCAGCAUCAUCUAUGAAAGUUGAUCAUACAGAACUAGAGAAAACAGAAAGUUCUAAACCGGGCAUGGAAACAGUUGCUCUUGAGCAGGCUAAGAGAUAUUCAAAGGGUGUUCUCCCUGCCGAGACGUCAGUGGCAUCGAUGAAACUAACUGAUGCAGAGCUUGAACAGAACAUGGAAACAGAGAGCCCUCGGUCCCCACAAAGACCUCUACCUGAAACAAAAACUGCUACGCUGGAGUCAAAAAGUCCAACGGUUUCAAGGGUGUCAGGGUUACAGAAGGCUGGCAACAAAACCACUGAUGCCAAAACUCUACAAACUGAGUCCGUCAUAGACAAGGCCACUGAAGAACCACUGCCUGAGCUAACGAGAGAAAAGUCAGCAACUACAUCUGCUGAUGUUCAGACCAAAUCUGACAUUAGUACUGGGGAAAAGACCAAGCUUGUUACACAGACCAGGAGAACGUCAGACACAUCAAUGAAACCUGCUGAUGCGGCACCUGAAUCCAGCAAGGAUAGUGAAACAGCCAAUAAAACCACUGACGUCUUCACUGUUGAACCAAAGGAGGUAUCGGAUCUCAUGAAUCUGGAAAGUUGUGUUAGCCGAGAGUCCGUCACAAUGGAGACAAUGACUGCAGUUGUGGAAAAAGCACAGUUCGUGCCAACCAGAAGAAUGUCUCAGCCUGCGCUUUCAUCCGUGCAACUUACUGGUGUACAAGAGCAACAACAGAAAGAUAGUGAGGGUCCUUUGUCCCCACAAAGUCCCAGAUCUGACAUUAAAAGACCUUUUGUGGAGGAAUGUCCCAAACUUGCCAAAACUUCAGAACCAGGAACCAUUUGCUUCGGUGAUGUCAAGCCUGAACCAACUCAAAAAGAGCCAAGCAGUUUGGAAUCUUCCAUACAACUCCAUAAAUCCCUCCCAAGAGAGCCUGAAACUGCUGGAGUUCUGGAAGCUAAACCUUUAAAAGAGACACAAUCUUUGCUUACUGAGAGCAAGGGUCCAGGUGAUUCCAAAGCUGCUGCUGAUCAUGUUAAACGCUCAGAAGCUAAGGUAGAAUCUAAAGAUGAAAUGAAUUUUGUCCCAGCUAGUAUCAAGUCAACUCUGGAACUUUCCUCUAUUUUGCUGCCAAUUGAUGCUCAACAAGUACCAACAGAAACUCAAAUUGUCAUAAUGGGACACACCUUACAUGGAUCAACCAAAACCAAGAGCCCAGAACUUGUCACAACUUCUGAAACACUUUCUUCUUCUGGGAAAACCUUUGGACACCUUAAGCCUGGGGAAAUGAUGGACCUUGAAAGACCAGCUGAAAUCUCUAUGAAUCUUGAAGAGACAAACAAGGGCAAGGGGUCAACAGAGCAGUCAGUCUCUUAUUCUGAGGCUCAUGAUCGUCCUGGCACUCCAAAUGUCCAACAAAGUGUAGGGAGCACAAAGGAAGGUGAAACUAUUGUAGAGGUGGAGAUCAGUCCAAUGUCUGAACAGAGUCGUGUACAGAGUAGCAUAGAAAUACAAGUUGUUGAUCCAGUGGCUUCACCUUUUGACCAACAAGACCCGGGGAGUGUGGUGUCAUUGAUCAUUACAGAUUCAGUCACGGGUCCAUCCAUUACUGCUGUUGUGGAAGAAACCCAGGUUGUGCCAACUGGUUCUAGACAGAGUCUAGAAGUUUCUAAGACGUCUGAGUCAUCAAAAUAUGUUACUGGACCUCCUGAUGUGAAGACCUCCAAACCUGACCAGAUGAAGACCCAUCAGUCCCAGAGCACAGAAAAUAAGCCGGGAUCACGAGCAGUACCACUGGGGUCCACACCUCAUGGUGUGAGAGCUUCAGAUGAGGGUUUGAGAUCUGAGGAGAAAGCCCUGGUGGAGGUCCUUCCUACCGGGGAAACCCAGGGUACCCUUUCAGCUGGUCUGGUCUACACCAGUGGCCCGGAUCUGGAGGGACCCGAAGACCAGCCCAUGGAGGAUGUGCUCUCAGAGGUCCACCAGCUUCUCGGGACUGGACCUGAUUGUCUCAUCCUGAAGGGAGAGCUUGAGGAGGACCCGGCAUCGGUUCUGGAUACGUCCAUCAGGGACCUGGAGGUUCGUCUCAACAGGCUGGAGACCAGAGUUCUGGCCUGCAGGAACCGACCGACAGACCUCAGCCCAGAAGCUAUGGCCCUGCAAUUGGAAGAGGCCCAGGAGUGCCUCAGAGCGUCCCAGACCCAGGUCUCGCUGCUGACCCGGCCCAGCCCGGAGCUGGAGGGGGGGGCUGCUGGGCCGGGUCAGCAGGAGGAGCUGGAGCACCUUGAGGGUCAGUGGAGUGCUGCGGUCGGGGACUCCUCCACCCUGGUCCGGAGCAAGGAGGCUCGUCUCCGGCUGGUGAGCCUCUACACCGGGCAGACGGAGGUCGCGAGGGCCACCCUGGAGGGCCUGGAGACAGAGCUGGAGGCUGGAGGCCGAGUUCCAGAGGAGACCAGCUCCAAUGAGGAGGAGCGUCUGCACUCCUUCCUACGACAUAUGGAGGAGAACAGGACGGUUCUUGGAGAACUGGUCCUCACCCACUCUGAGCUCGUGCCCCACCUGAGCCCCUCUAACCAAGGAACCGUGCAGAGACAGCUGAGGGCACUACAAGACCGGUGGAGAAGCCUGGAGAACGCUGCAGAGAGGAGCCUUCAUGCCUUGAAGGCCGUCUCGUGCGACUCAAGCACCUUUCUCUAUGAGAUGUCCAGUAUUGAGGAACAACUGGAGGACGUCAGCAUGUGCCUCGAGGCUCCAGCCACCCCGGAGUGGGACCCCACGAGGGCCCAGGAGCUCAUGGUGGCCAGCGCUGUGCUGGCUGCCACCCAGCAGAGGUACCUCCUCCUCCUGCAAGCGUCAGAUGCGCUAGACCAGAGCUCCCGGCAGGGGGAGAACCAAUCAACGAAGACGGAGCAACGGCUCCAAAAGACCAAACUACAGUUGGAGCAGACAGCGGAGCGCCUGGCUUUCCAGACCCCCAGCAGCACUAACCCCACCUUGGAGAAGAUUGUGAGGGUGAUCCGAGAUGCCUUCAUUUGGGCGAAGCAGACGGAGUUUCACAUCAAGACGAAGAGGGGGAAGAUCGCUCUCCUCCCUGAGGACGUCCACCGGCAGAUCAGAGACCUGAAGAAGUUGCAGUCAGAGGUGAUGGUGAAGCAGGGCCAGUUGGAGGUACUGCUGGAGGAGGUGACGGAGCUCUUUCCCCAGAUGGACCAGGAAAAGGAGGUGCCCAUGGUACGCUCUUCCCUGGAAGACCUCAAUCUACUCUCGAUGUCCACCACCGAGGAUCUGACAACAGCUGUGAGGGAGAUCGAGUCCGGCCUGCAAAACCGAGAGAAGAUGUCCGAGCAGAUUGCCGACGUGGAGGCCUGGGUGGUGUGGUACUUCCUCCAGAAGGCGUCCAGAAGAGGAGAGGAGGACGUUUCUGUGUCUGGUUUUGACCGCCAAUCUCGUCAGAUCUGGGAGACCCUGGCCGAUGCUGAGAAGCAAAGUGCGGUUUGUGAGGCUCUUCUCAUGAAGAGCAAAGACAUCUUCUCUGAGCUGAGCGUCACAGAGAACAGUUUCCUGCAUGCAAAGCUGACCGACCUCAAGGAGGACAUCACCAACAUCACCAGCUACGCAUUGACCAAGAAACAAGACCUGGAGUCACGUGUACAGACUCAAGAAGCAUCCAAGCAGAAGGUGGCAGCCUUGGAGAAAAAUCUGAGGCAAAUGCUGGUUGACCUCAACAGACACCGCUUCCCUGUCACCAGAGAGUCCCUGCGCACCAUGGAAGCCUUAAAACACAUGAUAGUCGAGCACAAGAGCCAGGUGGACCAGCUCCAUGCCAGCAUCCCACUGGGUAAGAGGAGGGAACUCUUAUCCGUUAACUGGGAGCUUUACGGCAAGAUGUCCAAGCUGGACCAGAAGGCCAGGGAUCAUGAGUGCUACCUCAACCUGAGGCAGAGCAUGGAAGACAUCCAGGACAACAUGGAGCAGGAGAUCUUCCAGACCAAGGAGGAGAACCGAGGAGUGGGAGAGAGGUACAGGAUGUGCAACUCCCUCCUUGCCCGGUUCCCUCUGGUGAAGGCCAUGAGCGAAGACGCUGGCGGGAAGCUCCAGAGUAUCUCCUCAGACCUGUACCCCUCCCAGCUGACGGUGGAGCGCCAGAGACUGGAGCAGGUCGUGGAGAAAAUGGACGACUGGGAGGUGGUGGUGCGCAACAACCUCAUUAUCGUGCAGUGGAACGUCCUCAAAGACCUGGACCUCCAGACAGAGUGGAGGUCCACGCAUGGCCUGUUGGACGCCACCCUGAGGCAGCUGCGGUCCCCGGUUGUGUCGGAGCCAAAGGAGGCAGAGAUGGUGAAGGAGCAGCGCAGGAUGUUGUCUAUGAACAAGAUCUUGGAGUACAAAGUGAAAGAGUAUGAGAUCUUGGAGCAGAGGAAAGGCAACGGCCAGGAAAGUAGAUCUCGGGAUCUUGUGACCUUGAAGAAUACGGUGCUGCAAGAAUGCGACUCCCGAAUGAAAAACAUCACAAGUGCGAAGGAGAACCUGAGGAGCUACACCCAGGGAGUCCAAACUGCCGUCCACUUCCUGCUGGAGGCAGAGGCCUCCCUCCUGCCGGUCCACGACCCAGCGGGGGACUGCUCCUCCGGGCUACAGGAGCUCCAGCAAACCCAGGUAUCCCUAGAGCAGCGGUACCAGGACCACGUGGACCAGAUCCAGGCUCUGGUGCCCAGUCACCCCCACCUCAACUCCCAGAAGGUGGAGCAGCUCCACCGGGAGGUUCUGAGUGGUCUCUUGGUGAGGAUGACCACCUUCAGGGCCCAGGCUCUCAUCCGGACCCAGGAACUCACCAGGUGUGCUGAGCAGAGCAGGAGGCACCUGUGCAGCAUGGAGGAGAUCAGCGAAUGUGUGAACACCCAGGAGGAUAUUCUCUCCCGCUGUCUCUCCUCCAAGGUCUCCUCCCUCUCUGACUGCAGCCAGCAGCAGAGUCAGCUCAAGUCUCUUUCAGAGGAUGUGGGCGCAACCCUGGGUCGCCUGGAGGCCCUGGAGGAUACCUGCCCCGAGCAGGGUUGCCGUGGAGACAGGGAGGCGGCGGUGGCUGCCCUCUGGUGGCAGCUGAGCACACUGCAGCAGGAUGCCCUGGACCUCAGCACCCAGGCUGGCCGGAGAGCCGCUGAGUGGAGCGAGAUCUCCAAGAGUCUGGAGCAAAGCUCCUCCCUGUUGGACGAGGUGGAGGCGGAGGCACCGGGAGGUGCUCCGGGGAGCUCCUCCAGCGAGGAGCUCCAGGACCAGGUUCAGCUGUGGGACCAGUACCAGGAGCGUCUGGACUGGGAGCACCGGGCCCUCUCGGCCCUGGAGCUCCGCAUCGCCCGGCUGCUGGGGGUCCCCGCCCACCUGGAGCAGGCCCCGCCCACCCCGCUGUGCCAGCAGGUGCAGGCCAUGCAGGGGCGGUACCACAGUCUGGAGGAGAGGAGCUGUGCGGGCCGGGAGCUUUUCUCCUCGGAGCUGGAGGAGCGAGAGAAGGUUCUGGAGGACCUGCAGGGCGCCCGACUGUGGCUGGAGGCAGCGGACCUUACCCUGAAUGGGCCGCACCCGGACCAGCAGGAGAUUUCUAGACAGCUGCUUACCCAGAAGGCUUUGCUGAAGAGCCUCAUGGACAGCCUAAAGACAAAGUACUCUGACACACUUCCUCUGGAGCUGGAGACCCAACUACAGGAAGUGAACCAUUCCAUACAGGAAGUGGAAGUGAAGGUGGGCGAGGCGGUGGAGCGCAGUGGCCCGCUGCACCGGCUGGGCUCCAAGCUGGCGGAGAUCCGGGCCGGCCUGGGCUCGGUCGGGGAGCGGCUGGAGCAGAGGAGCCCCAGCGUGGCGGAGGCCGAGCGCACCCAGAAGCGUGUGUGGGAUGAGCUAGACGUGUGGCACUCCUGCCUGGCCGCCCUGGAGGUGGAGCUGCAGUACCUGGAGGUGCCAGAGGAGGCGCUGGUGCUCCAGGAGAGGCUCAGCUCCGUCCAGGAGGUCCACUCACAGCUGGCCAAGCAGGCUGAGCAGCGCACCGGCUUCCUGUCCAAGAUCCCAGCGUGGCUCCAGCAGCACCAGGAGAUGAUCCAGAGCUCCCGGGUCUGGCUGCUGGAGGCCCAGACCUGGCUGACCUCGCCCUGCUCCUACACCUCCGCCAAGUGCCUGUUCAGCCACGUGCACGCCCUCAAGAUGGUCCUGGAGGACUCCCAGCACAUCCGCUCCAGCCUGCAGGGCCUGGGCGGCGUGUUGGAGGGCAUGGCGGGGGUCUGUGACGUCACGGCGCUGCGGCAGCAGCUGGACCAGGCCGACGCCCACGUGGCCGCCGCCCAGGACAGCUUCACGGCGCCGCUCGCACAGCUGGAGCACACCGCCGCCGAGGUGGAGGCGAUAGAGACGGAGGUGAGGAGCAUGGAGAGGAACGUCUCUGAGAUCAGAGCGCUGCUGUCCUCUCCAGAGACCCUCCCCAGCCCCCGAGAGGACAGCCUCAAGGUGAUCGAGGAGAAGGUCCAGUGCAUGCGGACGACGGUGGUGGAGAUCCAGCGCUGCAGGCCCGACCUGGGGCUGCCCGAGCCCCUGGAGGCCACCCUGGCGGUGUUCGGCGUGGUGGACCAGCUGCAGACGCUGCUCAUGGAGCUGGAGAAGAGGAUUCCUGCUCUCUUCCUCCAGCAGCCCCCCACCCCGACCCCGUCCAAAGCCGGGGACCCCCGACCCGGCCCAGCGGCGCCCCAGAAGGACACUCCGGACCCCCGACUCAGCUUCGUGGCCCCCCAGCCGGACAUCCCGGACCCCCGACCCAGCACGACGGCCCCUCAGCCGGACACCCAGGACCCCCUACCCGGCUUCGUGGCCCCCCAGAGGGACACCCAGGACCCCCUACCGAGCACUGAGGCCCCCCAGCGGGACAGCAGCGACCCGGGUGUGAUCCGCAUCGCCCACCUGGAGCAGGACGUGCUGACGUGGUCGGGGGCGACCCUGCAGAGCGUGCAGCAGGCGUCACCUGACCAGAGGCUGGUCACGGGACACGCCCCCUCGCAGGUUGCCACGGAUACCGGGACAGUGGAGGGUGGGACGGCCCCAGCACCUGCAGGACAGCAGCUGGCCACCGCUGGCUCGACCGACUCCGCACCUGGAGAGAGAGAGGGUCCGGGGGCCCAGUCCGAGGGGCCCAGCGGGUCGGGCACCCCCCCACGGCCGCUGGGCACGGUGCGGACCCAGAGCCAGCCCCGGAGCAUGGAGCGCUUGUUGGGACACGGGGGGCCCGAGAGACUGGAGACACACACACCUGACACACACACAACACAGACGCCACACACAACAACACACACACCUGUCGGACACACACCACACACACCUGACAGACACACAACACACACAGCACUCCCACCUGGCACAGAAACAAUUGAUACACACAUACCUGACACACACUCUCAAGACAGGGGCACACGCACAGAGGAGGCGGCAACGGCACCCGCUCCGGUCGCCUCCCAAGACCCCCCCCAGAAGGACAAGGGUGGCCUGCAUGCUGCCCUGGGCCCUGGGGCAGGGUCCGGGCCAGGCCCCAGCAGCCCGGCGUGGAUCCAUGCGGUGGGAGAGAGGACCAGACAGCUGGAGGACUGGCUCCACGGAGCCCAGCGCAGCCUUGGACCCCUGCACAGCGUCGCUGCGGAAACCCACACAGGCACCUCAAUCGCCAUGGAGACUAACGUGAAGCAGCAGCUGCUCACCUGUCAGGAGAUGUUGCAGGAGAUAGAACAAAAGGUGACCAGUAUGUCGGAUUCUAGCUCGGGAACCAAGAACCUGAACCUGAAACAGGACCAGGGAGUCCAGGGGGGUCUGGUCUCUGCAGGUUCUGACCAGGAGUCAGCUGAGCUUCUGGCCUCAAAACUGGAGCUUCUCAAGACCAACCUUGUUUCCUUCCAGCACCUCCUGGAGGAACGCCAUGGGGAGGAGAGGAUGACCCCUGCUCUCCAAGACCCGGGAGGGCGUGGGAUGGCCAGGUUGCAGCGCAGCGCCAGCGUUCAGGAGAUGUUCUCCUCUCCGAAGAACCAGCUGCUGCGUCAGAGCAGCGUUCAGCAGCAGAAGGAGAUGGAACUGGAGCUGAGUGAGCAGAGGGGACUGACCCGAGCCAUCGCUAGGCAACACAGCAGAGGACGCCUCCACGGCCAGGACCCAGAGGAACCAAGCUUGCCGUCGCCACGGAGAACCUCCGUCCAGUCUGCCGUAGUCGGGAUGGAGGAGGAGGAGGAGGAGCUGGGGUGGAGGAGCUGGGACCUCCUCCAGACUCAACUCCUGGCACUGGAGGAGGAGGUGUUCCGACGACCUGAGGAGGGGGCAGACUCCUCCCUCAGGGUGGGGGCGGGAGGCGGUGUGAGGGCCCCCCAGCUGCUAAAGGACCUCCAGGACCUCUCAGCCCGCCUGCGAGCCCUGGGCGCCUCCGCUGCUGUGAGACAGGGAGAUCCUGCAGGCGGCGCCAACCAGCAGCUGGUGGAGGGUGCGUGUGAUGCGCUGUACGGGGCGUCCCUGUCGCUGUCCAGCGUCAACACCCUGCUGAGGUCACCGCCGGUGAUGACACGUACAGAGGGGGCGGAGCUACAGCUGGGACAGCUACAGAACCUGUCAGCUGAGCUGGGCUCUCUGAGCAGGGAGCUGACCUCUCUGGGGUCCAAGCUCACGGGGGUCCUGGGCUCAGCGUCCGGGCAGCGGUGCCUGGACCUCCUGAUCAGGGUCCUGCCCGCGGUCCAGACCGGACUGAGAGACCGACGGAACCAUCUAGAACUCCUCCAGCAGAAGAGCUCACAGCUUCAGAGGAGACUGAAAGAGUUGCAGGCAGAACUUGAUUCUAACUGGUCUGCCGUGCACCAAUUAACCACCGAUCCUAUCGAGGGACAGGAGCUAACCCGACGCCUCCAGGAUCAAGCCUGUGAGGUUGACGUUCUCCUGGAGGAAGUGAAGUCAUCGUCGCUUCCUGUCUGCCUGUCCCAGCAGGCCACUGCGCUCCAGGGUGCGCUUGAUGUGGCCCAGGCAGGGGUGAGCUCCAGAAGGGAGGAGCUACAGGUGGGAGCCGAUCUCCAGCGGCACUACGAGAGACUGGUGCUGGGUCUGGAGGAGCUGGUGACACUGGGGUCCCAACGCCUCUCUCUGCUGCCAGGCGCGGAGCUCCACACCAGGGACAGGCUGGAGGGCCUGCUGAGCUCCCAUACGAAGUUCUUCCAAUCCCUGGACGGACACGUGGGAAGCCUGCAGUACCUGUCUGGGCGGGUCCAGGACGGCGCCCCCGGCAGGCGGGCUGAGGAAGUGCAGGCGCUGCAGGAUAAAGUCUCUCAGCUGAGGCUACAAGCCCUGGAGCACGGCUGCAAGAUGGAGGACACCUUACAGAUAUGGGCCCUGUGGGAGCAGGACAGCUCCUGGCUGGACGGCCUCUUAUCAGACACAGAGACUUCAGCUCCCAAGAUGCACCUGGCUCAGGACUCUGAGGAAGAGCUGUCUAACAGAAUACAUUUGUACCAGAAACUGAGUGGAGCGCUGGAGGACAGCAGGCCGAGGCUGGGGCAGCUGUCGGAGGCGGGGCUUUGGCUGCAGGGGGCGGGCUGUAGGGAGGUGGGCGUGGCCACCAAGAAGCAAGAGGCUCGCUGGAACCGCCUUCAUAAGAGGCUGGACCACGACAGGAAGCUCACCGAACGCAACAGGAAGCUACUCAACAGGUUCACCCUCCAAUCGGCUUCGCUGAUUGAAUGGAUGGGCGGGGCCAGGGAGCUGAUUGACAGGUGGAGACACUCCGUUGACCCUACCAAUCAGGAUCAGCCAAGUCUUCGGCAGAGCUGGGAUGACAUCAUGCUUCAGUUCAUGGAGUUCUCCAAGGAGCUGGCGGCCCGGUCUGAGCUGAGGGCGUCAGUGGUGAGUGCCGGGACCCUGUUGUCAACCGCCCACCAGGGAGAGAGCGAGUGGGCGCGAGACCCAGAGGGAGACCAGGAGGGGGAUGAGCUGCCCCCUGCAGCCCAGCCUGCUGGUCUCGAUCCUGGGUACGUCUCCAGCCGGCUGAGGCAGGUAGAUCUGGUCUGGAACCACCUGCAGACAGAGGUUCAUGAGAUCCAACACAAACUACAUCAGCGGUGGUUGGAUUGUCGCGGCCACCAGGGGGCGAUGGGGGAACUAAAGCUGUGGAUCAGCAGGACUGAAGCCCAGCUGGAGAACCAAGGAGAUGACCUCAACCAGUGCCUGCGUUUCUACAAGGAGCGCCAGAGGGAGAUGUGUUUCCACCAGGCUACUCUUGACUUCACCCACCAGCCGGUGGUCCAGGGCUGCAGUACUCUGGAAGGCCAGGGGGGGCGCUGUGGGGACGGAGAGCUGGCAGAGCAGCAGGGACUUCUCCACCACCGCUGGCUCAGUCUGCAGUGGAACCUCCACCAGCAGAUCCAGGACGUGACUGAGGGGUUGAGAUCCAAAUCCCAGCGACAGGAGAGACUGAACCAGAUCACCUCCUGGAUCAACGACCAGAAGAGCUGGCUAGACUCCGCCCUCUCUCCCAACAGCCAAUCAGAAGUGGAGAAAAGCCUUCGCACUUGUGAGGAGCUGGAGGAGAAGGUCCAGCAGAGGACCUCCGACCUCCAGGCCCUGAGCGCCGGAGCCCAGGGCCAGCGGUGCCCCCCCGCGGUGGGGCGGGCCGUGGAGUGCUGCUCCGCCCUCUCCCAGCAGAGGGGGUUGGUGGUCCGGAGUCUGACCAAGGUCCGGCUCCUGUGGGCCCACCUGGAGUCCACCCUCGGACUGGUCACCGCGGAGACCACCAGGACGGCCCAGACGCUGCGUUACCACGGCGACGUGCAGCCGUGCCUCGGAGCCCAGCGUGACGUCCAACAGGCCCUUCAGCGUGUGAGAGAUGAGGCAGAGGCAGCAUCCCAACGGUGGGACGUCCUGGAUGGCGACGUCUCCGCCCUGCAGGGACAGCUCCGUCCUGCUGCUGGAGACCUGCUCCGCCAACGAAGAGACGCCCAGAGAGACAGGUGGGCUCAGGUGUGUCGUAACGUUGACCGGCGCCUCUGUAGAGGCGGGGCCUUGCUGGAGAAGUGGGAGGAGUAUACUGGCCUGGCCACGCCCCUUCUUCUGAGGCUCGAAACCCUGCAGGGGGAGACGGCCGCCCUGAUGACCCCCACAGACCCCACCCGGGACCCCAACCAGGACCAGACCCAGGACCAGACCCAGGACCCCCCCACGGACCCCACCCAGGGCCGGGCCAGGGCUCUGAUCCAGAGGGCGGAGUCCCUCCAGCAGCGUGUGGCCGUGUUGCAGACAGACCUGGAGGAGGGGCUUAGGGCCUCCAAGAACCUGAUUGGUGACCUGGAUCCCAUGACCACUGACCUCGUCCAAUCAGAGUGCCGGCUGCUGGCCCGCGGUGUGCUGCAGCUCAGCCAAUCGCUGGUCAGGAAGCUGACUCAACUGCAGGAGGACCUGGAUCAGCUACAGGACUUUGACAGGAUGUUGGGGUCUCUCGAGGAACAUCUGGACCAAUGGCAGAAGGUUCUGGGUGGAGCCCAGACCCAAGACACGCCCCCCUCCCAGUGUGAUCUGCUGGAGCCCAGCGGGUGGUCAGCUGACCUGGACGUCCUGAAUGAGCAGAGCCACUUCCUGCCACUGGGGGGCGCUGCCACGCACCGCCUGCAGAGACUAAACCACGCCUGGGCUGAGACCAGCGCCAGGGCCCUGGAGACCUGCAGCGUGCUGCAGGCGGCGGCCCUCCAGCAGCAGUGCUUCGGGGGGCAGUGUGAGCUGUGGGCCUCCUUCCUCCAGAGGAUGGAGGACAGCCUGGCGGUGGAGCUGCCCGGCUGCUACAGCGGGCUGAGGGAGCAGCUCAGGACCCACCAGAGGUUCCAGGUGGAGGUCUCCAUCGGGCACCAGACCCUCCACUCGGUGGUGUCUGAAGCUCUGCUGCUGCUGCAAAGGGAAGAGGUGGAUGACAGGAGUGACUUCCUGCUGCAGCUGUCCCAGCUGCGGGCGCAGUGGGCGGGGGCGGUGGGCCGGGCGUCCCAGCGCUGCUCCCUGGUGGAGGGGCUGGUGAGGCACCGCCACGCCUACACCCGCGGCCUCCGCAAGAUCCAGCACUUCCUGUCUGAGAGCCAGGCCCUCCUGCCCCCAGCGGGGCCUCCCAGGGGCAGCCUGCUGCUGCUGCACCGGUCCUGGAGGGCCCUGCAGCGAGUGGCUCUGCUGUCCCAGCGCUACCAGAGCAGCUACCUCCAGACGCUGGAGGUGGGCCGCCAGCUCUUCUCCAUGGGGGACGAGGACACCCAGGCCGGGCUGCAGGCCGAGCUGGGGCCCCUGCAGGAGGGCUGGGACCGGCUCCACCAGCAGCUGGCCAAGAGGACCGCCCUGACCCGGUCCAUCAUCCAGAGCUGGGAGCUGUACGAGACCUGUCUAGCCGACAGCACGCUGGCCCUGAAGGACGUGAAGACCAGACUGAACCAGUCGAUGUCAGAGUGGCCCAGCGAGCGGCCGGGCGAAGAGCAGUUCUACGAGGAGUCUCAGAGCAUGCUGGGAGACUGGGCCGAGAGCCUGUCUGAGCUGAGCAUGAUGAAGACGGACCUCUCUCAGUACAUCAUGGCCGACAACGUUCUGCUGCUACAGGAGCAGGUCGCCCAGCUCAACAGCCAAUGGGAGGACCUCUGUCUACAGGUGUCGCAGCGGAGGCAGGAGAUCGCCGACCGCCUAAAUGCGUGGGUGAUCUUCAACGAGAAGAACAAGGAGCUCUGUGAUUGGCUGAGCCAGAUGGAGAACCGGGUGCUGGACGACUCUGACAUCAGCAUCGAGGACAUGGUGGAGAAACUCAAGAAGGACUGCAUGGAGGAGAUCAACCUGUUUGGCGAGAACAAGGGCCACCUCAAGCAGCUGGGGGAGCAGCUCAUCUCGGCCAGCAGCCAGAGCCGGGAGACGGAGGUCCACCACAAGAUCCAAGACGUCACGGACCGCUGGCAGCACCUGUUCGACCACAUCGAGACCAGGGUCAGGAAGCUGAAGGAGACCCUAGGAACCAUCCAGCGGCUGGACAAGAACAUGAGCGGCCUGCGGACCUGGCUGGCCCGCGUGGAGGCGGAGCUAACCCGGCCCGUCGUCUACGACCACUGCCACGGCGACGAGAUCCAGAAAAAACUGUCAGAGCAGCAGGAGCUGCAGCGGGACAUCGAGCAGCACUCGGCGGGCGUGUCGUCGGUGCUGGCGCUGUGCGAGGUGCUGCUGCGCGACGGGGACGCGGGCGUGGCCGGGGGCGUGGCCGGGGGCGGGGCUGGGGGCGGGGGCGGGGCCCACCUGGAGAACGACUCCAUCCAGCAGACCAGCUGCAGCCUGGACCGCCGCUGGAGGAACAUCUGCGCCAUGAGCCUGGAGCGCCGCAUGAGGAUCGAGGAGACCUGGCGGCUCUGGUCCAAGUUCCUGGACGACCACGCCCGCUUCGAGGACUGGCUGCGGUCGGCGGAGGUCACGGCGGCCAGCCCCCAGUCCGCCGACGUGCUCUACACCACCGCCAAGGAGGAGCUGAAGAAGUUUGAGGCCUUCCAGAGGCAGGUCCACGAGAGGCUGACCCAGCUGGAGCUGGUCAACAAGCAGUACCGCCGGCUGGCCCGGGAGAACCGCACGGACGCCUCCGGCCGUCUGAAGGCGCUGGUCACGGAGGGGAACCGGCGCUGGGACGUCCUGCAGCGAAGGGUGGCGGCCGUGCUGCGCCGACUCAAGUACUUCACGUCCCAGCGGGAGGACUUCGAGGGCACCCGGGAGGGGCUCCUGGUGUGGCUGACGGAGAUGGACCUCCAGCUCACCAACGUGGAGCACUUCUCCCAGAGCGACGUGGAGGACAAGAUGAGGCAGCUCCACGUGUUCCAGAAGGAGAUCACCCUGAACACGGACCGCAUCGACGGGCUCAUCGUGUUCGGCGAGCAGCUGAUCCAGAAGAGCGCGCCUCUGGACGCGGUGCUGCUGGAGGACGAGCUGCAGGAGCUGCACUCCUACUGCCAGGAGGUGUUCGGCCGCGUGGCGCGCUUCCACCAGCGGCUCCUCAACCGGAGACCGUCCCCCCAGGUCCUGGAGGAGGAGCGGGACCUGGACGACCUGGAGGACCUGGAAGACCUGGAGGACUCCGUAGACCUGGGGUUGAGGUCCCCCUGGGGGGCCGGGGAGAGGGCAGGGCCCGGGGCCCCGGUGCUCCUCCUCGGGGGGGGCCAGGCAACGUGCCACCUCCUGGUGCCGCCCCUGGAGCGGUCCGGCCGCGGGACCCCCGCCAGCCUGGACUCCAUCCCCCUGGAGUGGGACCACACGGUGGACGUGGGGGGGUCUUCGUCCCACGAGGACGAGGAGGAGGCCACCUACUUCAGCGCCCUGUCGGAUGGAAGGGUCACCAAGAGGUCAGAGUCCGUUCUCAUGGCGAAGGCCCGGGCCAUGGUGGCUGCCUUUGUGAAGUCUGGUUCUGAAGCUCCCAGCUGGCACCAGCCCUCCAGCCCAGACAUGAAGCCCAGAGAGGGCCUCCGAGGUCGGACUGCCUCCCCCCCACACACCCCUGCCUCCCCCUCACCACAGCAAGGCUACGCCAAGCUGAUGUCGGAGUGCAGCGGCAACAUCGACAGCGUGAAGCGGGUCAAACUGGUGCUGAACGACGAGGAGGAGCUGGAGGAGGCCGGACUCACCUGCAGCACGGCUGAAAAACACACCUGCACAGGUGUGAUCGAACGCUGGGAGCUGUUCCAGGCUCAGACCAUCUGCAAUGAGCUGGACGUCCACCAAGACCUGGAGCAGUGGAAGAAGCUCAACUCUGACCUCAGUGAUGUCACUUCUUGGCUGGGCAGAAUGGGGCCAGAGCUGGAGGAGCUCCAGAGGCUUGCUCCAGCCACCAGCCUCCAGGAUAUAGAACGCAACAUCUGGAAGCUCAAGGACAUGCAGAGGACGUUAAACCGCCACAAGGGCGCGGUGAUCUCCAUCAACCUGGGCAGCCGCCACUUCCAGCGGGGGGACAGCCCCGAGGUCCGCAGGCUCCAGGAGGACCUCCAGGAGGCCAACCAGCGCUGGGCCGGGGCCUGCGCCGGCCUCCAGGCCUGGGAGACCGGCCUGCAGGGGGCGCUCAUGGAGUGCCAGGAGUUCCACGAGACUCUCCACUCCCUGCUGUUGGGGCUGGCCCGGGUGGAGGGCCGCCUCCAGGCCUGCAGCGCCCUGGACGCCCGCGCCCCCCGCCCCGCCCUGCUGGCCCAGAGGCAGCUGCUCACGGUGGUGCAGGAGGAGCUGCGGGGCCAGCAGCAGCAGGUCUCCUCCCUCCAGGAGAUCUCCUCCCAGCUGCUCCUGGAGGUGACGGAGGAGGACGGCCUGGAGGCCAAGGAGAAGGUCCACGUCAUCGCCAACAAGCUCCGCCUCCUGCUGAGGAGGGUGGGCGGGGAGCUGGGCGCCCUGCGGGGGAGGCUGGUGGGUCACGUGAUCACUGCCCGCCAUGAAACCAGUCAAACCAGCUUAGAGACGGACGGCCCGGACCUUGGCCCACCAGCCCCACCUCCGGAGCUCCAACAGGAGGACGUCGGCAUGGCAACGGGAGCCCCCCCACCUGCCCCCGUAAGACCCCAGGCCGGGCGGCAAGACGCUUCCCCGCCGCGCUCCUUCUUCCAUAGGGUUCUCCGGGCGGCCCUCCCCCUCCACCUCCUCCUCCUGCUGCUGAUGGUGCUGGUGUGUCUGGUGCCCCUGGCCGAGGAGCCCUACAGCUGCACCCUGGCCAACAACUUCGCCCGCUCCUUCUACCCCAUGCUGCGCUACACCAACGGACCCCCGCCCACGUGAUCCUCCGCCCGCCAGGCCGCUCGGGACGUCAGGGGGUGGUGGAGGUGUCCCUGACUUUGGGUGGAGGUGGUGGUUCUCAGGAGAUCUGGGGCCGGAGGAGACCCCCACUUUGGGUGGAGGUUCCGGGUGGUGCUCGGUUUGAAGCACCCGGUUCCCGUAUGCUCAGAUCUUUUUAAAUGGACUCCUUGGAGGGGGGUCCCGAGGUGAGUUGGAGCAGGGUUGGGACCCCCCUCACCUUUAAGGACUUUGAGACAAGAGCCCGCUUGUGCAUCUGGUCGACGUGUGUUUUUGCUUUCUUUCAAUAUGUAUUUAUUUAACGUUUCGCUCAGUGGAGCUUUUCUUUGGCCUAGAUCUUGUGGUUUGGUUUUAAACGUAAUUUUUGUGUCGACACCUCGGCCAGGUCCAAGUCCUUCCCGUUCCCCCUCGCGCUUCCAGUGCCCAGAACAUUGAAGAGCUUUAUUUUCGUGCCUAUUUUCCUUGGGCUAGCCUCGUCUCCUUGUGUGGUUCGGACGGACGAAGCCCAGCUGGGAAGUCCAGGGCUGGGUUGCUACACGCCAGAUGGUUCCCAAUCAUGGCCGCUGCCGUUCCGACGUAUUGCAACAUGUCAGGGUUUGGACCGAAGGCUAGCUCAACGGAUCAGCCAGUGCUUGUCAGCAGAACUGUUGUCAUUCAGACAACACGUCCCUGACUCUUUACCUCUGCUCAUCACUGUUUAUAUGUUGUGGGGAUUAAGAAAGUACACAGAUUUGUUAGUUUGUUAUUAACCACCCCUGUCAGGCCCUCAAUACAGGCCGUGAAUCACAAGGCGUUUGUUUUAUGCUCCUUGAUGCGCCAGGAGGGUGGGCCUCCUCUCUUAGGUACAGUAAAACCAUCACUCCUUUUGCCAAGCUCGGGGAAAUGACGUAAUCGAAAAAAAUGCCGAAAUAACGCCAAAUCAUAUGUCAUUGUCAGAAUACGAAAUUGCCGUUAGAAUUCCACCCACCUGGCACACCGGCUGUGUUAAAACAAACGCUGCCUUGAGUGUUUGUGUGUGUGUGUUGCUGCCAGUCAGCGUAUGUAUCGUGUGGAACUGAAAUGCUGCCCCCAGUGUCGCUCCACUGCCGCGUGGUUCCCCCUCCGGAUGUUUGGCUCCUACUUUACCAACACUUAUCUGGUAGAAUGUCCAGAUGUUUGGCUCCUAGUAUACCGACACUUAUCUGGUAGAACAUCCAGAUGUUUGGCUCCUAGACUAACCAACACUAAUCUGGUAGAACGUCCAGAUGUUUGGCUCCUAGACUAACCAACACUAAUCUGGUAGAACGUCCAGAUGUUUGGCUCCUAGUAUACCGACACUUAUCUGGUAGAACGUCCAGAUGUUUGGCUCCUAGACUAACCAACACUAAUCUGGUAGAACGUCCAGAUGUUUGGCUCCUAGUAUACCGACACUUAUCUGGUAGAACAUCCAGAUGUUUGGCUCCUAGACUAACCAACACUAAUCUGGUAGAAUGUCCAGAUGUUUGGCUCCUAGUAUACCGACACUUAUCUGGUAGAACAUCCAGAUGUUUGGCUCCUGGACUAACCAACACUAAUCUGGUAGAACGUCCAGAUGUUUGGCUCCUAGACUAACCAACACUAAUCUGGUAGAACGUCCAGAUGUUCUGCUCCUCUAGAGGUAACCUGGGUUAGUCCGUGCUCCAGAUGCAGAAUGAAUGUGAUCCUUUCAGGGGUCUAUGAAGGAGCAAGAUGAGGAGCAGCAGAUCCACAUUAAGGCCUUUGAGAUGAACUUCUCCUGCAGUACGGUGAGACGAAGGGAUCCGACUCCUUCACAUAGAGCCGUUUGAAUAUUUUUGUAACACGACGAUAAGUUCAACCAAUCACUGCCUGAGGACCACAGACGCGCACGGCAGAGACACAGCACGGUGUACAGUUUAUUAUGGGAUGUAUUGAUUGUCAUUCUGAAAAAAGGCAUUAAACAUGCUUUGGUCAUGGUGUGUUUCCAAA